UCGCUCGUUUCCGGUAAAAUGUCAGCUUCCACAUCAAAACAUUUCGAUAUACUUCCCCGUCUAUCUUAAGACAGUUGUAUCUUUGUUUAUUCAAUGAAAAAUGAUCAGUCAAAUUAUCAAUUUCGAUUUUGUUUAAAUGAGAUGAUCUAAAUUAAUAAAUUAUAUUGAUGAAAUUGUUCAAAAACUCAUGAUUUUGAAAGUGGUUUGUGUUUGAACUCUUUUAACUGUUCAUAAGCAAAUAAUCAUCACGCACUUUUUCCAAAUGGCGGACUAUGAAGGAAACAUUUUGCCAAAGCAUGCUAUUUACAAAGGCCCAGCAUCAACUGUCAUUGUGUAUUUGAUAUUGCUGGUCUUGUCCAAACUACUGAGGGCUGUGGGACUUUUUCUGGCCUAUGAUUUAUUGAAGCUCAUUCCAGUCGUGCACUUCCUCUUUGUGGUAAAAACUGGUGCAUCUGUUCCACUUGUUUUUCUACAAAAGCCAUUCACUUCUGGGAAGAAACUUUCAAAGAAUCAGUGGUUUCGAGUGUGCAGACAUGGGCUUGUGGGCUGUAUACUGAGCGUGUUAUGGAUGUUUGGGCUGACAUUGUGUGGGCCGUUGAGGACCAUCCUGCUGUUUGAACACAGCGAUGUGGUCGUCAUUGCCUGGGCCAGUACUCUCUUCUAUGGUUCUGGGGGCAGUCCUGCAAAGAUGCGAGGGGCUGUUAUAUUUCUCGUUGCUAUGGUAACACUCCUGCUGUUCGAUCAUGACGAAAAGCUCGAAAGUCUAACAGACCAUGACUCUGAUCAUAUUCACCACAACAUCCUGACAUACAUCUUUUACCAUGUAAUCAAUAUUGUUGGCUGGUCAGACCACAAGGGUGGAGUAGUGCUCCUAUUUCUGACAUUAUGCCUACAAGUGGGCUUCAACAGUGCGUCCAAGAAGUUAUCUGUGGAUGUCGGUGGGGCUAAGCGUCUCCAUGCUCUCUCCACGCUCAUACAGGCAGCCAUCCUUGGUCCCUGGGCCCUGAUCUUCUCAUCAGGAGCAGAAUCUCCGGUUUCAUCUUGGCUGUACCUGCUGCUCCCACUAGCCUUGUUCACACUGUUUGUCCUUGUCAUUGACUACUACAUUGAGGCUGUGGCUGCCAACCACCUACAGCCCGUGCGAACAGCUGAGUUUGGGGCGUAUGCAAUAUUUGGGAGUGCGCUGUUCCUGGCCCUGACCUGGAACCACCCAUACACCACCCGCAUCACCACCAUGCACAAACUACAGGAGAUUAUUACUGAGGACCAUGUACUGUCUUGGGGAGUGAUCUUCAGUCUUGGAGCUUUCAUGCUCGCCACGAAGAUCUUAUGUAGCCCAGCAGGUAGGAGUAACAAGGGGAGUUUUAUUGGCUACUCCAUGGACGGUAUGCCUGUGUAUAGUUUCUCCGGAGAUGCACUGCAGCGUACCUCACAGUCAGUCAUCAUGCACAUGAGGAAUGCUCUCAAACAAGUGCUUGAGGACUCAGACUCCCGAAAGAUUUUUUAUUUCCUCUGUAUUAAUUUGGCCUUCACAUUUGUUGAGAUGAUCUAUGGUGUUUGGACCAAUAGUCUGGGACUGAUAUCGGAUGGUUUCCACAUGUUAUUUGACUGCUCAGCACUGGUCAUGGGUCUGUACGCCUCCGUUAUGGUGCGAUGGAAGGCAACAAGGGUCUUCUCUUAUGGGUUUGACCGUGUUGAGGUGUUGUCAGGGUUUGUCAAUGGCCUGUUCCUGGUUGUCAUAGCAAUAUUUGUGUUCUCCGAGUCACUACACAGACUCGCAGAACCUCCUGAAAUUAACACAAACAGAUUGUUAGCAGUGUCUGUGAUAGGUCUCCUGGUCAACAUGAUUGGUAUCUUCGCCUUCAGUGGUAGUCAUGGCCACAGUCACGGUGGUGGUCAUGGCCACAGUCAUGGUGGUGGUCAUGGGCACAGCCAUGGGCACGCUCAUAAUACCAACAUGGAAGGUGUGUUCCUGCAUGUGCUGGCAGACACUCUGGGCAGCGUGGGAGUGAUCAUCUCAUCACUGCUCAUUGAAAACUUUGGCUGGAACAUCGCAGACCCGAUCUGCUCCCUGUUUAUAGCCACUAUGAUUCUGCUUAGCGUGCUGCCCCUCCUUAAGGAGACUUCCACCAUUCUCCUACUUAGGACACCUGCCGACAUGGAGCAGGAAGUCAAUGCUGCACUACAGAGGGUGUUGAAUCUCGAGGGUGUGACAUCUUACAGAGAUCAUCAUAUAUGGUACCAUACGUCCAGCAAAGUAUUAGCCACGUUACAUCUUAAUAUAUCACAGGAUGCCAUGGAACAAAAGAUAAUAUCCCAAGUGAGUGGUAUACUGAGGGAUGUAGGCCUACACUCAGUGACAGUUCAGGUGGAAAAAGACGAGUACUUUCAGCAUUUAUCUGGUCUUGGUGCAACGCUGGAACAAAAUUACUCAAACAUUCAACAUCUAAACUUUGACGGUCCACACUUAGUGAAAAGUGUUUAACACCUGUGUUCUGAAUUUACAUAUAUAUAUUUUUACAACAUUGUACUGCGCUGCUUUAAAGAGUCAUUGUGAAAAUAUUUGAUAAGAGAAUGCCAAAUAUGGUACUAGUGAUAGUAUCUAUUCCUACUGUAAUAGGUUAGCUUUGAUGACUAACCCAUCACUACAGUACAUCACAUCCUUGUACAGGGUUAGCUUUGAUGACUAACCCAUCACUACAGUACAUCACAUCCUUGUACAGCAUCCAUUGUUCAAUAGUUGCAUUUUAACAAGUUAAUUGUCAGAAGUGUUGUAUCUGUCAAACCAUUAUAGGGUUUGUUGUAACAAAGAUCCAGUCACAACAGGAAAACUGUUUGCAGAUUACACAAGCUAUUGUCACUGUUCUUGCAUUUUCUUCACUACAACAUAUAACUUGCAUUUUGCUUGUGAUUGGUAAGUACAUGUAUAUGUGAUCAUCAAUACCAAGUAAAUUCCAAAGUUAGAACAACAGACAAAAUUUGAAUAUAUUUACAGUACAGCUUAGGUUGAAUAUCAUGUACUUUGCAUCAUUUUACACAUUUUGUUGUAAAUUGUUAUAAUGACGUGGUGUUUUAAGGACAAGAUGCUCAUGAACAUUAUAAGUGUAUUAAAUCAUGACUUGCCAAAUAUGGUUGUGUUUAAACUUUAUGAAAUGUAUGUUCAUAAUAUUAUAUUUAUUGAUUUUUAUGAGUUUAAAGAAACUGUAAAAUAAAUGCUUACAA